CCAAUGGACUACUCCUACCUCAAUUCGUACGACUCGUGCGUGGCGGCCAUGGAGGCGUCCGCCUACGGCGACUUCGGCGCCUGCAGCCAGCCUGGCGGCUUCCAAUACAGUCCCCUGCGGCCUGCCUUCCCCGCCGCGGGGCCACCUUGCCCCGCGCUCGGCUCCUCCAACUGUGCGCUUGGCGCCCUACGCGACCACCAGCCAGCGCCCUACUCGGCAGUGCCCUACAAGUUCUUCCCGGAGCCGUCGGGCCUGCAUGAGAAACGCAAGCAGCGGCGUAUCCGCACAACGUUCACGAGUGCGCAGCUCAAGGAGUUGGAGCGCGUCUUCGCAGAGACCCACUACCCCGACAUUUACACACGCGAGGAACUGGCGCUCAAGAUCGACCUCACUGAGGCUCGCGUGCAGGUCUGGUUCCAGAACCGCCGGGCCAAGUUCCGCAAACAGGAGCGUGCGGCUAGCGCCAAAGGCGCGGCGGGAGCGACAGGAGCCAAGAAGGGCGAAGCGCGCUGUUCUUCUGAGGACGACGACUCCAAGGAGUCCACGUGCAGUCCCACGCCCGACAGCACCGCGUCGUUGCCGCCGCCGCCCGCACCCAGUCUGGCCAGCCCGCGCCUGAGCCCCAGCCCUUUACCCGCCGCGCUGGGCUCCGGGCCCGGGCCCCAGCCACUCAAGGGGGCGUUGUGGGCGGGGGUAGGGGGCGGCGGGGGUGGCGGGCCCGGCGCGGGAGCAGCAGAGCUGCUUAAGGCUUGGCAGCCAGCGGAGCCCGGCCCCGGGCCCUUUUCUGGAGUUCUGUCUUCUUUUCACCGAAAGCCCGGCCCCACCCUGAAGACAAACCUCUUCUAG